CACUUGUUAACACUGCUGUCGCGCAUAUUCCAUACUCAAUCUAACGUAACAAGUAUGACAAUAAAAAAUAUUAAUAAAACAAAAUAAAUUAUAUCUGAAAAAUGGAUCAACCUCAUCGGCGUAUCGGCAAAAAAGCCAAACUGGAAGCUGACAUUUAUUUUAGUGAUGACGAAGAAGAGAUUUGUUUAGAAAUGACCAGGAGGCGCGAGGACGUUAUAAGUUGGCAGGAUUAUUUCAUGGCUGUUGCUUGUUUGGCAGCACAACGAAGCAAAGAUCCUGAUACCCAAGUGGGUGCCUGCAUUGUGAAUAAGGAUAACAGAAUUAUUAGCAUCGGAUACAAUGGACUGCCGAAUGGAUAUCCUGAUGCUGAAUUUACUUGGGCGAGGGAAGAUAAACUUUAUGUGUGCCAUGCUGAAAUGAAUGCCAUUGUCAACAAGAACUGCACCGAUGUAAAGGGUUGUCACAUAUAUGUCAAACUGUUUCCUUGCAAUGAGUGCGCGAAGAUAAUCAUCCAAUCAGGAAUCAGUAAAGUUUAUUAUUUAUCAGAUGAAAAAAACGACAAGCGGAAAUACCAAGUUGCUCAGAAGAUGUUUAUAGCCGCCAACGUUGAAUUCGAAAAGUACGUACCAACGCGUCGUAGAAUCGAGAUCAUCUUCUGAGGUAAAUGCAGUGGAAGCCCUAAAGUAUAAAUGUAUACUAUAUUUUUUUAUGAUUAUUGCUUAAUAGCAAAUAAUAUUUUUAUAAUUAUAUGUAUUAAGUAUGACGAGUUUUGUAAAUGAAACGGAAAUAUAAAUAAAUUUGUAAAAUAAAAUUUUAUUACUUUAUGUACAUGAUGACGCGGGUACAGAUACUCCGAUCACGCAACUUCAAUACAAUAAAAUCAUCGUGGCGAUUUUUAGUAACUUAAUUGAAGAUAUUUUGUGUAACAUAAAUAUAAUUGACCAUUUCCACUGAAUAAAAUAUACUUAGUUUGAAUAGGUUGUUGUUGGUUGUUUAUAUUACUUACAUCUCGUUUAGAUGAACAACUAGACCAGCUAUGUUCAAGAAACAAAUCCAAUCUAAAAUAAAUGAGAAUGAUACCAAAGAACGCGUUUAUUUCAUUCAGUGGAGUAGUCUGUGAAGUUAACAUAGUUUUUCACCAUACAGUAAAAAUGUUUGUAAUUGUUACAAUUUGGAGUAUUGAAUUAUAUAAUUAUUGUCCAAACUUUACAAAUAUCUACAAAAGAAAUAAAAUGAAUUCCAACAAAA